AUCCAUUUGUUUUAACUUGAUUGCAUGUACAUCUUUUUAAUUUUAAAACUUAUACGAAACUCAUCACUAAAAUUUAAUUGUUAUAAAUUACACGCCUCCCUCAUGGCCAUGCCACAUCCCCUGUGAUUGCUUCGACCGUUCUAUACUUUCUUGAAAAGCAGAAGGUUGCGAGCAGGGAAACCACAAUGGCUCUACUAUCACUUGUCAAACCCUACUUUCCCUUGGACCUAAACGGCCUGCUCUUACCUCUUUCGUGCUUCGUCAUUACUGUCCUGUUUUUGGUCAAUCUCAGAACUAGAACAGCAAGCAAAUCCAAGUCGAAUAUGAAUCAGCUUCCAUUCCCGCCAAAACUACCCAUCAUCGGGAAUCUUCAUCAGAUAGGUACCCUUCCGCACCACUCUUUUCGAACACUCUCCAAUAAAUACGGGCCUAUAAUGUUUUUACAGUUGGGUCAUAUUCCAACUGUGGUGGUUUCUUCUGCAGAAUUGGCCCGCGAAAUUAUGAAAACCCAUGACCUUGCCUUCGCGGAUCGACCUCAAGGUAUUUGCCCUAAGAUCUUGCUCUAUGGAUGUGCUGACGUUGGCUUUGGGAACUACAGUGAUAUUUGGAGACAGAAGAAGAAAAUCUGUGUUAACGAACUUCUUUGCCUGAGAAGCGUUCAAUCAUUCAAGAACGUCAGGGAAGAAGAAUCUUGGGAGUUAGUGAAUAAGAUACGUGAUAUGCACUCGAGUGGUGCAGAUUCUGUGAAUCUGAGUGAGUUGCUGAUUGCUACAUCCAAUGAUAUCGUAUGUAAGUGUGUUCUUGGGGACAAGUAUAACACGUUGGCGAAUACAAGGAUUGGAGAGCUAGCGAGGAAGGUGAUGAUUAACCUCAUGGCCUUCAGCGUGGGAGAUUAUUUCCCUUCCUUUGGUUGGCUUGACUUUUUCACUGGUCUCAUUCCGAGGUUAAAGGCCAUUUUCAGAGAGUUAGAUGAUUUCUUUGAAAGUGUCAUUGAAGAACACAUGACCAUGAUGAAGAAGACAAGCGGUGUCCAAUACACCAAAAGGAAAAGCUUGCUCGAUAUUCUCCUUCAACUCCAUGACGAUGGCAAGCUUGAUAAUAGUUUCUCCCAAAACGACCUCAAAUCAAUCCUCAUGGAUAUGUUCGUGGGAGGAAGCGACACAAGUUCAGCAACAAUGGAGUGGGCCAUGGUGGAGCUGGUGAAGAAUCCAACGAAAAUGCAGAAAGCAAAGGAAGAGGUGAGACGCGUGGUGGGUAACAAGUCACAGGUAGAAGAGCGAGACAUAAGCCAAAUGAAUUACUUGAAAUGUGUGGUCAAAGAAAUUCUGAGAUUGCAUCUACCUACUCCCCUGCUGGCUCCUCGAGUAGCAAGAUCAGAUGUGAAUCUCGGAGGGUGUACUAUUCCAGCUAAAACAGUGGUGUACAUCAAUGCAUGGGCAAUUCAUACAGAUCCGGAGUUCUGGGAAAGACCUGAAGAGUUCGUUCCUGAGAGAUUUGAGAAGAUGGAUGUUGAAUUCAGAGGGCAAGACUUUCAUUACAUACCGUUUGGUUCAGGAAGGAGAGGGUGUCCUGGGAUGAUGUUUGGUGUUGCUGCUGUGGAAUCCAUGCUCGCUAAUCUCUUGUUUUGGUUUGAUUGGAAGCUUCCCGAAAAUGGUGGAACUGUUCAACACAUUGAUAUGAACGAGAGAUUCGGCCUAACUGUUAGCAAAAAAUUGCCACUCUAUCUUCAACCGAUACCCUACUCUCUUAAGUCUUGAAGUGUGAUUCUCUUUUCUGAGUGUACUGUUAAACACUUGCUCUCAAGCUUAGCUUGCCCUUAUUAAUUAAAAAAAUGGUGUAAAAUAUGUGUAUGCCUGUCUGUAUGUACGUAUCGAGGUUGAAAUUUGCGUACGGGAGACAAUGAUUUAUUGAUUUCUACUUGUACUGAUUGUUGAAUAAAAAUUAAGUUGAAUAUUGGUUUGUGGUCGGGAUCAGUGGUUGAGUUAGUGGACAAAUAGUGUGUCAUUCUCAGGUUGAAUAUAUUUGACAUACUAUAAUAGGA